AUGCCGCCCUUGCAGCAGCAGCAGCAGCAGUAUGGCCUUCCACCAGCGAUAGACUACGUGAAUGCGCCACCAGCGGCGUGGGGGUGCUUCGGGAAUGCGGAGGGAGGGCCGUGGCAAGAGGUGCCAGAGUAUCACCGACUCCCCGCAAUGCCGACUCCUUCUUACGCUGAUUACGCGAACCCGCUGCAAGGACGCGCGGGCUACGACAAUAACAGUAGCGCCGCGGGGGUGAUGCCAUAUAUUGUGCCAGCGCCAGCGCCAGCACCACCACCUCCUCCGCCCCCGCCUCCACCGGAAAACGAAGAUGAAGAAGAGCACCCAAAACUACAACGCCGAAAUUCAAGAGUGUCGUUUGUCGGCGUAUUUGACGUGUAG